ACAGUGCAGAAGAAUCUGAAGAGCAGUGAUGAAAUAAGAAUUGUGCUGAUUGGAAAGACUGGAGUAGGGAAGAGUGCAGCUGCAAAUGCCAUCCUGGGAAAGCAAAAAUUUAAAUCAGAACUGUCCGCUUCCUCUGUGACUUCAAAAUGUGAUAAAGACAAAGGAAAUGUCAAUGGGCAAAAAGUGGCCAUUAUUGACACUCCAGGCUUUUUUGACACAAAAAAUAAAAAUACUGAGAUUGAGGCAGAGAUUAAACUGUGCAUAUCCCUCUCUGCACCAGGCCCUCAUAUUUUUCUUGUGGUUAUGCAGCUUGGGAGAUUUACUGAAGAGGAAAAACAUACAGUGGAGCGAAUUCAGAAAGUCUUUGGUGAACAAGCAUCAAAAUACAUCAUGGUGCUGUUCACUCAUGGAGACCAGUUGAAAAAACAACAAAAAGACAUUCAUGACUAUGUUAAAGAAAGUCCAGAUCUUUAUAAUUUUAUCAAAACUACAAGUGGAUGGUACCAUGUUUUUGACAAUAUAGCAAAUGACCAAAACCAGGUCAACAGACUGUUUGAAAUUAUAGAUCAACUUGUGAUUUUAAAUGGGAAAACACAUUACACAAAUAAUAUGCUCCAGGAAGCUGAGAAAGCAAUAGAGGAAGAAAAAGUAAGGCUUAUGGUAGAAAAAAGAAUGGAGGAACAAGCUGCAAGGGAUAGAGCAGAAAGAAACAAUGCAUUUCUGAAAGCCGGUUUGGCGGUAGCAGGUGUUGGUAUUAGUGUUGGUGUUGCUAUUGCUGCAAGAGUCUGCUCUUGUCAGUGA